AUGAAGGCUUCAACUCUCUUUAGCGCCUUUGCCGCUCUGGCAAGUCUUGUUGCUGCCGCCCCCGCCCCAGGUGUUUCUCCUGUCGCCAAUGCCGCACGCGGUCUUGAACCUUCACCGCCCCCUUUGUCGUAUGAAAAGGUCACUCCCAUCACCGAUGUUGAUGAAGUUGCCGCUGUCAAGAGGGAGAUUGAGGCUCGCCAGGGUGUCUAUGUGACUGUCCACAUCUACUGGGGCGGAACCAGCGCAUAUAUCAGCCCAGUCAAUCGCGGAGCCUGUGCUGACUUGGUCCCCGCCUGGAAAAACGUCAUCUCGUCCUUCGGACCAGACUCACCCCUUGUGUGCUGGAUCUACGAGUAA